CAAAACAAAUUCAAUAUCUAAAAAUCGACAAAAUAUAAAUCAAUAACUCUAUUGUUAUAAACCAUUUGUUUUGACAAAGAAAAAGAUAAAGAAGAAGAAGAAUUAUAACAAAUAUGAUGACAGAAAUGGCAACAGAAAACGGGUCCAUUCAGACCAUACAACUGAAUCAGUCCAUGGAAUCAGUUAAUAAUGAAGAAGAGGUGAGAACACUAUUUGUCAGCGGUUUGCCGAUGGACGCCAAGCCCAGGGAGUUAUAUCUGCUUUUUAGAGCUUAUAAGGGAUAUGAAGGCUCUCUAUUGAAGGUGACGUCCAAGAAUGGCAAGACAUCAUCGCCCGUUGGAUUCGUUACUUUUUCAACCCGUGCCGGUGCUGAGGCCGCUAAACAAGAUUUACAACAAGGAAUCCGUUUCGAUCCCGAUUUGCCGCAAACCAUACGUCUAGAGUUUGCCAAAAGUAAUACCAAAGUGAGUAAACCUAAGCAACAAUCGUCACCCCCAGCAUUGGCAACACAUCCUGCUCUGGCUAUGCAUCCCUUGACAGGCCUUGAAUUGGGAGCCGCACUGUUCUCGGGAGCGCACGAUGGCUGGGCUCACCAUCCCUUGUCAUUCACCGAAAUGCCCUCUGCUUUCAACUCUCAUAUUAUGCACCCGGCACUUCACGCCCAGUUACCGCCACAGUUGGCAGUACCGCAUCCUAUCAGUCACGCGGCAGCCCUGGCCAGUCAGGCAGCAAUUCAUGCAGCUAUACCACCACAGCAUUUAGUGGCCACUAGUCCUGCUUUAGCCAGUCCUGUUGGUUCGGCGACUUCAAACUGUUCAACCCCUCCAUGUUCUACACUAUUUGUAGCCAAUUUGGGACAAUAUGUCUCAGAACAAGAACUCAAAGACCUAUUUGGGAGUUUCCCAGGAUUUUGUCGCUUACGGAUGCAUAACAAGGGAGGAGCACCUGUUGCCUUCGUUGAGUACACGGACGUGCGCUUAGCGUCACAUGCAAUGAAUGCACUUCAAUCAUAUGUAUUGUUUUCCUCAGACCGCGGAGGGAUGAGGAUUGAAUACGCCAAGAAUAAGAUGGCAGACCAACAACUACUACAACUUAAUUGCACUGUUUCACGUGAAUGAUAUUGAUGAUUUGAAAACAUCUCAUUUAAUCUAAUAACAAUUACUAUAAUAAUCAAUAGUAAUAAUAAUAA